ACACUGUUCGCUAAGCCAGUACUCUGUUCACUGUUUUCUUAGACACUACACUGUACUACCCUGUAUAGUGGACAGAGCUCUGGUUACUGGGAAGCGACUUACCGAGCACAGCGAUCAUGUUACUGUAAAUUGUUAGUAAUCCUCACUAACUAAACUAGUCAGAAAAUUACUUAGUGAUACUGAGAGUGAUACUGAGAGUAACGAGCAAAGUAAAUACAGUGAACACAGUAAAUGUAUACUUACAGUGCGAUCUAUACAGUCAAUUCGCACUGACUACUCAGUAAUUCUCCCUAACAAUAUUUAGCAAAUCCUCGCUAACAUUCUCGCAGUCGCGUCACAAAUAAAUUUCCAGCACAUCACUAUCACCACAAUCUCCACCACUAUCACCACCACCAACUCAACUACCACCCCACAAUGGCCAACAAAUUCUCCAACAGCACCCACAUCUCCAGCAGAUUAUUCCGAUCCCUGAGGUUUAUGAUCCUCGUGAUCCUUGCCCUUUUUAUUGUGUUGUUAGGAAUCACGGCCAUCUCGGGAAGAUACGAAUCCCACGAGAUAUACAAUAAAGCUACUGACUAUGUUACUAACUCUAUCUGGAAAGAAGACAUUGAUAAAGAAGGAACUGAUCCGAAGUAUGCGGAUGACUAUGAAAAGGAACCUGCAGCUGAAGUUACAGACGAUUCUGAUUCAAUAAUUGACUCACUAGCAGAAGACCCAUUAGCAGAAGACCCAGUAGCUCAAGACCCAGUAGUUCAAGCUAAAAACACCGUAGCUGAAGACUCAGCAUCCUCUACUGCUGUAGCCAAUGCGUCAGCUGAAGAUGCUACUACUACUGCUAGUACUGCUACAGGCGGACUCUAUGCCGGCGAAGACGGUGACGCUGAUUCUCUAGAUGAAUCUAAAUAGUUAAUUAGUUAAUUAGUUAAUUGGUAAUUUGGUUAUUCGGUUUCUUAUAUACAAUAAAUGCUA